GUCGCGGCGGUUCCCGCCAAAUACGAGCGCGGCGGCUGAGGUAGCAGCGGCACGGGCGGGAGGGCGAGUAACAGCGGCCGCCUGAGAAGAACCCGCGCCUUUGCCGCCUGGGGGAAGUUCAGGGCGCCGCCGGGGCGAUGCUGGAAGAGCCGGAGUGCGUGGCGCCGGGCGCCAGGGAAGCGGCCGUAGCCAUGGAUUGCAAAGAUAGACCAGCUUUUCCAGUUAAGAAGUUAAUACAAGCCCGUCUGCCGUUUAAGCCCCUGAAUCUUGUCCCAAAGGAGAAAGCUGACGAUGUGAGAAGCUGUCAGAGUGCUUCUGUGCAGAGUACAGUCCCCGAUUCAGACACUUUGGAAAACAACUGUCUUAUAGGUUCUGAUGUAGACUUUAGACAAAAACUUGUCAAUGGGAAGAGUCCCUUAGAUAACUGUGUAGGAAGUAGCAUCAAGACCAGUAUUGGCCAGAGCUCAGUCAUAAUCGAUCUGACAGAGGACUCAGAUGAACAACCAGACAGUCCUACCCACCACAGUAGACUGAAUCCAGAAGCCUCUCCUCCCAGGGAGGCAGUAAAUGGGGACAGGGAAGAAGCUGCAGAUCAGCAGGCCAUUCAGAGCCACAAAUUGACAUUUCUUGAAGAGACCCUUUCAGACAUUCCUUGCAAAACAGAGGAGGAUGGUGUUGUCUUUGAAGGCAGAGGUGCAGAGAGGAGUGGUAACUCCCUGGAAUGUUCACCACGAAGCUGCCCAAAGCUGACAUGUGGCCUGAGAUCAUGCCUCGAAAAGGAAUGGUACAGCUGGAGUGAAGCCAGGGGCAUCCUGUUCAAAGGCAAGGUACCUGUGGUGGUCUUGCAAGAUAUCUUGGCUGUGAGACCUCUGCCAGCUAAGACUCUUCCAAUAACAUCUCUAGACAAGAGUAUGACCUCAGAGAGUGAGGUGCUGGAAUCAGGCCCUGAAGAAGACUCUGUCCUCAGCCAUUCAUCCCUGAGCUCUCCCUCUUCCACCAGCUCACCUGAGGGGCUGUCUGCUCCUGGGAAGCAGAACUGCAACAUCAGUCCCUUACCGACCCCCACAUCUGUGCGCAGAAUAACAAAGAGAUUUCUCAAAGUUUCUACAGAGAAGAACCAGAUCAAACUACAAAGAGAUCAGGAGCGUCUGGGCAGGCAACUUAAGCUACGGGCAAAGAGGGAAGAGAAGGCAAAGCUCAAAGAGGAGGCCAAGCGGGCCAAGGAGGAGGCCAAGAAGAGGAAGGAAGAAGAGAAGGAGCUGAAGGAGAAGGAGAGGCGAGAGAAGAGGGAGAAGGAUGAGAAAGAGAAAGCAGAGAAACUGCGGCUCAAGGAGGAGCGGCGCAAGGAGCGGCAGGAGGCGCUUGAGGCCAAGCUUGAGGAGAAAAGGAAAAAGGAAGAGGAGAAACGAUUGAGAGAAGAAGAAAAGCGAAUUAAAGCAGAGAAGGCCGAAAUCACGAGGUUCUUCCAGAAACCAAAGACUCCACAGGCCCCCAAAACCCUCGCCGGCUCCUGUGGGAAGUUUGCUCCCUUUGAAAUUAAAGAGCACAUGGUUCUUGCUCCUCGGUUUCGGACCGCCUUCAACCAAGACCUCUGUGAUCGGCUAGACCAGCUCCUCCAGCAGCAGAGUGGAGAAUUCUCCUUUCUGAAAGAACUGAAAGGCCGGCAGCCCCUCAGGUCCGGACCCACCAGAAUUUCCAACCUGAACACAGACGUUUUUAACAGUGAUGUUGUAAUUGUGGAAAGCGGGAAGGUUGAUGGUAUUCCAGAACGCAAGAAGUUUGGCAGGAUGAAGCUACUGCAGUUUUGUGAGAAUCACCGACCAGCAUACUGGGGGACAUGGAAUAAGCAGACAACGGUCAUCCGUCCGCGGGAUCCCUGGGCCCAAGACAAGCAGCUCCUGGACUAUGAGGUGGAUAGCGAUGAGGAGUGGGAGGAGGAAGAGCCUGGAGAAUCCCUAUCCCACAGCGAAGGGGAUGAUGAUGAUGAAGUGGGUGAUGAUGAAGAUGAGGAUGAUGGGUUUUUUGUGCCCCAUGGGUACCUGUCUGAGGAUGAAGGUGUGAUGGAGGAGUGUACUGACCGGGAGAACCACAAAGUUCGACAGAAGCUAAAGGCCCAGGAGUGGGAUGAAUUCUUGGCCAAGGGGAAGCGGUUCCGUGUGCUCCAACCAGUGAAGAUUGGCUGUGUGUGGGCUGCAGAUGGGGACUGUGUGGGUGCUGACCUGAAGGUGCUACAGCAGUUCACAGCCUGCCUCCUGGAGCCAGUGCCUGCCGAAGAGGAGCAGACCCCCACGGCCUCCAAGAAGGAGAAGAGGGACCAGCAGAUCCUGGCCCAGCUGCUGCCACUGCUGCAUGGCAACGUGAAUGGGAGCAAGGCCAUCAUCCGGGAGUUCCAGGAGCACUGCCGUCGGGGACUGCUCACUGGGGGCGCCAGCAGUCCCCCAAGCCCCGCCUCUUCCUGCCCACAGACCCCUACUGUGGACACUGCCAUUCCCUCCAAGGCCCUGCUAAAGCGAAUCAUCUCUGAGAACUCAGUGUAUGAGAAGCGGCCGGACUUCAGGAUGUGCUGGUACGUCCACCCACGGGUACUGAGGAGCUUCGACCAAGAGCACCUGCCUGUGCCAUGCCAGUGGAGCUACGUCACCAUGGUUCCCUCAGCCCCCAGAGAGCCCAGAGAGGACAGUGGUGGCAUCUCCACCACAGGGCCCAGCCAGGGGAUUCCCAUCUCACUGAAGAGGAAGUCUGCAGGAAGCAUGUGCAUCACCCAGUUCAUGAAGAAGCGCCGGCAUGAUGGCCAGGUUGGUGCUGAGGACAUGGACGGCUUCCAGGCAGACACGGAAGAGGAAGAGGAGGAGGAGGACGGUGAUGGUGAUUGUGUGCUCAUGGAUGCCCUGGACGCUGGGGAAGUCCAGGCCCCAUGUGGAACCACUUCCAGAACUGGGGUUGCAUUGGGAAUGGACACCAGCAAGAGCCCCCUGCCCUCAAGCCCACUCACCACCUCCUGAGGUCAUCCCUCCUGGUCAGUUGGCAUGUGUGUGUAGAGUGGUUGGGGUAUUCUUGGAUAUGAACCAAACACUUGAACAGACACCCAACUCCUGUGUAAAGAGCACUUUGUCCUGCUUCACGGACCUCCCAAAGGUUCGGAAAGUUUUAUAGAGGAUGCUUGAUUAGUUCUUUUUGAUAUUUGUAAAAAUGUCACCAAAAGCUGCAUAUUAAUCUGCCCUUUAAUAAAGCAUUAUUGAGAUGUGAUGAUCUGUACAGGAGCCUACUCAUGCCCUGCAGGCGCAGAGCAGGUGCUGGGAUCAGAUGCUUGUAAAUGAAUUGAAAUUCCAGAGCUGUGUGACGUGGGCACCUGGGCUCUGUG